AGACUCUCCAGAUCUCCUUCAGUGCCACCGUGUUGGGGAGGUUUGAGGAAGAAUUCCGGUUCAGUGUGGCUGGAUCUCCUACGCCUGCCAUCCUGACCAUCAGGCUUUCCCUACACCCAGCGCUGCCGGCUCACUAACAGCUCCCCGGUGCCCGUGACGUUCCAGCUCCGCAUGUCGUUCGAUGGCACGCAGCCGGCCGUGGACAGCGUCGAUCAGAUCCGCUGCCACAGUGACCCAGCCUGGAGGAAGGGCAUUCACUUCUAUGUGGAGCCCCGGGAGUUUACAAUCACUCCCAGCCAAGGGACCAUCCUGCCCCAGGGACACCAGGACAUCCAGGUGACCCUGUGUUCCAACUCGGUGAUGGAGUUCUACAGGAAAAUGCUGGUGGAUCUGGAGGGUUUUGGCAAGGGAGUGGCAUCACUGGUCAUCACAGCCAGAUGUCUCGUUCCAAAGCUGCAAGUGUCCCCCCACGUGCUGCAAUAUGAUGAGUGCCUCCUGAAGGUGCCAUAUGAGAAGAAGUUCCUGAUUAGGAAUCCCAGCCACCUGCCUGGCUGCUACGGGCUCAUUGAACAGAAAUGCAAGGAGGACGCUGCUGUGCUCUACUCCAGCCCCAAGCCCUGUGGGAUUGUCCAGCCUCACAGCACUGCAGAGAUCCCAGUGCUGGUGGAAGUGCAGGCGCUGGGCACGCAUCGCACCAAUGUUCUCAUCGGCGUGUUCGGGGAUGAGAGAAACCCACUGAGAAAACAGUUAUGGAGCUCUGGACGGCUGGCAGAAACCUCCCCAAGCCCAAGGCUGAUGGAGUCUGGCAGGAUCCCAGCACUACAGCCCAUAGAUGAGCUUCACCCACCUCAAUUCACUCCCCAUCCACCAAAGGAGAUGAGAACAUGUUUGCAUUGCCCAGCGUCUCGAUGGAGGCACUUCAAGGCUGGAAAGCAGGAGGCAGCCACAGCCCUGACUGAAGAGCAGGAUUUGACCCAGUGUUCAGGACCAGAGGCUUCCAGUAUCCUGCCAGUGUCAGGUGUGCUGCAGCCAGGAGAGAGCCAGCAGGUCUCCUUGCCCUUCUCUGGCCACCUCAACAGCAUCUCCAGUGCCACGGCGCUGUGCCACGUGGAGGGAGGCCCCAGCUCCGAGGUGCUGGUGCCCGGGGAGGCCUCACGUGCCAGCUGCUCCCCGAGCCCCCAGGAGAUCAACUGUGGCUCUGGGGCACCUCUCAGGGAGAGAAGGGAGCUGAAGCGGCCGGCUCCAAAGCUUGAGGAGGAGACAAAAGCCUUGGUGGAGGAAGAGAGGCAGAAGGAGAAAGAGAAGCAGAAGAAAGAAAAGAAGGGUGUCUCUGUGGGGAAGGAACCUCCAAAAGCAGAGAAGGGGAAAACCAAACCCCCAGAGAAGAAGGAAAGCAAGGCCCCAGAGAAGAAGGACACCAAAAUCUCAGAGCGGAUGGAAACCAAAGCCCCAGACAAGAUAGAAACCAAACUCCCAGAAAAGAAAAACAAACAUCCAGAAAAGAAGGAAACCAAAUUCCCAGAGAGGAAGGAAAGCAAGGCCCCAGAGAAGAAGGACACCAAAGCAUUAUUAGAGAAGAAGGAAAUUAAAUUCCCAGAGAAGAAGGAAACCAAAGCUCCAGAGAAGAUUGAAAACAAACUCCCAGAAAAGAAAUACAAACCUCCAGAAAAGAGCGAAUCCAAAUUCCCGGAGAAGAAGGAAACCAAAGCUCCAGAGAAGAUUGAAAACAAACUACCAGAAAAGAAAUACAAACCUCUAGAAAAGAGGGAAAUCAAAAUUCCAGAGAGGAAGGAAAGCAAAGCACCAGAGAGGAAGGAAUUGAAAAUCCUAAAGAAGGAAACCAAAUCUCCAGAGAAGAGAAGCAAACCUCCAGAAAAGAAGGAAACCAAAUGCCCAGAGAGGAAGGAAGUCAAAAUCCCAGAGAAGGAAACCAAGGCACCAAAAAAGAAGGAACCCAAAGCCCCAAAGAAGGGGGAAGCCAAAGUGCCAGAGAAGAGAGAGACCAAAGCCCCAAAGAAGAAGGAACCCAAAGCCCCAAAGAAGGGGGAAGCCAAAGCCUGAAAGAAGGGAGGAACCAAAAUCCCAGAGAACCCAGCUGAGCUGGAGAAGAACUCUUGAUUUUAUUCACACAACUUAUUUUAUACAGUUUGACAAACCUAAUGUGCCACUUUAGUUAGUUAAUAGAUUUCUUAUUAUUAGUUAUGCCAGUUAUUCUGUUGGAUAAUAAAAUAUAUUUUACUUGUGCAUCAAA